GACGAGGAAGAGGUGAACGACCACCCGAUCGAGGAGGUCCGGAACACCGUGCCAAUCAGCGACGACCCGUCGGAGCCGUGCCUGACGUUCCGGACAUGGGUCCUGGGGAUGUCCUCCUGCGUGAUGCUCGCCUUCGUCAACGAGUUCUUCAAUUACCGCUCCUCGCAGCUGAGCAUCGGCACGGUGGUGGUGCAGAUCGCGUCGCUGCCCAUCGGCCGGCUCAUGGCGUCCACGCUGCCAGAGCGGCCGAUCCACGUGCCGCUCACCGGCGGCAGAUGCUCCUUCUCCCUCAACCCCGGCCCCUUCAGCCUCAAGGAGCACUGUCUCAUCACCAUCUUCGCCGGCGCCGGGUGCAGCGGCGUCUACGCCCUCAACAUCAUCGCCAUCGUCAAGGUCUUCUACAAGCGUCAGAUCAACCCCUACGCUGCCAUGCUGCUGGCGCAGACCACCCAGCUGCUGGGAUACGGAUGGGCUGGCAUGUUCAGGAAGUUUCUGGUUGAUUCGGCUUACAUGUGGUGGCCUAUCAACCUUGUUCAAGUCACCCUCUUCAGAGCAAUGCACGAGGAGGAGAAGCGUCCCAGGGGAGGGCUGACGCGGCUGCAAUUCUUCAUCAUCGUGAUGAUCUGCAGCUUCGCCUAUUACCUCAUCCCCAGUUACCUGUUCCCAACGAUCAGCACCGUCUCGGUGCUCUGCCUGGUGUACAAGGACUCGGUCACGGCGCAGCAGAUCGGCUCCGGCCUCAAGGGCCUGGGCGUCGGUUCCUUCGGCCUGGACUGGAACACCGUGGCCGGGUUCCUCGGCAACCCUCUGGCGUCGCCGGCCUUCACCAUCGUCAACGUGAUGGCCGGGUUCGCGCUCAGCACCUACGUCGCCUUGCCGCUGCUCUACUGGACCAACACCUACAACGGCAAGCGCUUCCCGCUCAUCUCGCCGCACGUCUACGACGACGCCGGCGAGGCCUACGACACCAACCGAGUCCUCGACCCAAAGACAUUCGCCCUCAACCUCAAGGAGUACAACGCCUACAGCCGCAUCAAUGUCAGCGUGCUCUUCGCCAUCAACUACGGCAUUGGCUUCGCCAGCCUCAUGUCCACGCUCUCGCAUGUCGCGCUGUACCACGGCAAGGAGAUUUGGGACCUGUGCCGGAAGGCGGCCGCGGGGAAGGCGGACGGCGGUAAGGAGCAAGACGUGCACACGAGGAUCAUGAAGAGGAACUACAAGCAAGUGCCGCAGUGGUGGUUCCACCUCAUGCUGGCCAUCGUCCUGGCGCUGUCCGUCUUCACCUGCGAGGGGUUCGGCCGGCAGCUGCAGCUGCCCUACUGGGGCCUCCUCCUCGCUUGCGCCAUCGCCUUCUCCUUCACCCUGCCCAUUGGCGUCAUCUCCGCGACAACCAACAUGCAACCCGGGUUGAAUGUCAUCACGGAGCUCAUCAUCGGGUACCUGUACCCUGGGAAGCCAUUGGCCAACGUGGUGUUCAAGACGUACGGCUUCAUAAGCAUGGGCCAGGCGCUGGCGUUCGUGUCGGACUUCAAGCUGGGGCACUACAUGAAGAUACCCCCGCGGUCCAUGUUCUUCGCGCAGCUGGCCGGCACGCUCACGGCAUCCACGGUGCACUUCGCGACGGCGUGGUGGCUACUGACGACGGUGAGGAACAUCUGCGACGUGGAGAAGCUCCCCGCCGGCAGCCCCUGGACGUGCCCCGGCGACGACGUCUUCUACAACGCCUCCAUCAUCUGGGGCGUCGUCGGCCCGCUUCGGAUGUUCGGCCGCCUGGGCAACUACUGGCAGAUGAACUACUUCUUCCUCAUUGGCCUGCUGGCGCCGGUGCCCGCCUGGCUGCUCCAGCGCGCCUACCCACGCAACCGCGUGCUCCAAAGCGUCAACCUGCCGCUCAUCUUCGCGGGCGCAAGCGGGCUGCUCCCCGCGCGCACCGUCAACUUCCUCAUGUGGGGGCUCAUCGGCUUCCUCUUCAACCACGUCGUCUACCGCCGGUACAAGGCCUGGUGGAUGCGGUACAACUACGUGCUCGCCGCGGGCCUCGACGCCGGGGUCGCCUUCAUGGGCGUGCUCACCUUCGUGGCACUGGGCUACUUCGACGUCUACGGACCACAGUGGUGGGGCGGUGUCGCCGACGACCGCUGCAACCUGGCGAUGUGCCCCACGGCGCCAGAGGUAGUGGCCAAGGGAUGCCCGCUAGUAUAG